UUGGUCUCCGCCAUUUCGUGCACUCGCCUGUCGGUCGGUGUCUACUGAACAAGCUGAUACGGACUGUAUCCACAAAACAGUACAGCACCGAAUUUUAAUCAUUUUUAGUCUUAAACUCCCGUUUUUGAGGAAGCUUUUUUGACCCGCAUCAAUCCAAUCAGGCAGACAGACGACUCAAGCUGAAUUACAGACAGAAUGGAUCAUUCCCCCACUACCAGCAGCCUGAUGGCCAGUAAUGUCACCAACAAGACGGACCCGCGUUCGCUCAACUCCCGCGUCUUCAUCGGGAACCUCAACACCAUGCUGGUGACCAAGGCCGAUGUGGAGGCCAUCUUUAGUAAGUACGGGAAGAUCGUGGGCUGCUCCGUGCACAAAGGCUUCGCGUUUGUCCAGUACGCCAACGAGAGGAACGCCAGAGCUGCGGUCAACGGUGAAGACGGGAGGAUGAUCGUGGGACAGGUACUCGAUAUUAAUCUGGCUGGCGAGCCCAAACCUCACCGGUCAAAGACCAUCAAGCGCUCUGCAGGAGACAUGUACAGCAGUUCUUCGUUUGAUCUGGACUAUGACUUUCAGAGGGAUUACUACGACAGGAUGUACUCGUACCCGUCACGUGUUCCUCCUCCUCCACCUCCUCUGUCUCGAGCUGUGAUCCCGUCCAAGCGUGCACGUGUGAGUGUGAGCGGCAGCAGGAGGACCAAGAGCAGCUUCAGCUCCAAGAGCAGCCAGCGCACGUCCCGCACCAGUGAGACACGCACCUUAAUCUCACACUGUAAUAAAAAAUCUGGGUGUUUUGACCUGAAAAUUUACAGACACAUUCAAAUGAGAGCUGACGAUCUCCAGACCAUUAAGAAGGAACUGACUCAGAUUAAACACAAAGUGGACUACCUGCUGGAGAGUCUGGAGCGCAUGGAGAGAGACCACAGCAAGAAAUCGGAUGUGAAGAGCGCUAAAGCAGAAGAGGUGUCGCCGCAGCACGGGAAGAAAGAUCGAGAAAACUCUGAAAUGAACGACUAUGAGGAUGAAGGAGAUCUGCUGGAGGAAGAGGAGAUCAAGAGUCGAGGAAGAGAGGAUGAUGAGGAGGAAGAGGACGGCGAGCAGGAGGAAGGAGAGGAUGAUGGAGACAGUGCCAACGGAGAUCAUGCUUAAAACACACAAACACACACACACACAUGCAUGCACACUGCGAGAUUUAGAGUAGAUCCUCAAUGCACAAGCUUUCAUUUCACACGUCCAUAACCAAGACUCAUCAUGAAAACACAACCUGCUUUACACUCAUGUUUUUCAGUGAUUACAGCUCUCCCUGUUGAGAGAUCGGGAAAUUCUCCAACAUUCUCAAAGAGUCAAGCUAAUACUUGAGUUGUUCAUCUAGGAGCCGGUUGUGUUGCAUUUUGUCAUGUCAUGUUGUUUUAAGACCGACUUUGAAAAGCUUGAAUGUGUCUGUAAGAUUCUGAAGGAGAUACAGCUCAGCUUGAAGUCUGAUGCUUGGAUAGUUGGUCGGCGAAACGAAAAAUACGUUUAGUGAAGGAAACGGAGCCUUGAAGACAAUAUUAAUCAACAUCUGAGUUGAUAUCUAGAGCUCUGCUGUGUGGAGUCAGUCGUUCAGUGAUUGACAGAUUGAUGAGCCAAUCAGAAUGCAUUUCAUUUUGAAUUCUUAAAGAGACACUAACAUGCAUUCUGUGCAUUUUUGCAAUCUUGUUAAUUGGUUGGCGCUGUCUUCCACCAAAAAACCCUAUAAAUUGGAUUGUCAGGCCAUGAAAAGUUCUCCACUUCCAGAACAUUGCUUUUCUCUUUGUUUUUUUAUGAAUAUUAUCUUCAACAGCUGCUUAAGUUAUCAUAAUGAUUGUUGAGAUGCUCUUUUUGGGGUCAUUCACUCUUUAAACCAUUUCCCCCCAAUGCUUUUGUGGCUGUGAAACACUUCUGUGUGGGAUUUAUUGAUCCCGAAAUGCACUGUUCAUCCUAUUUCUCUUCAUUUUCCUCCCCAACACAAUUGGAUUUAGGCUCAUCACCGUCUCCUAUGGCUUUACAAUGGACCCUUGAAGCUGUAAAUGGACUUCAACCCCUGAUCUAGUUGAGUUGAGUUGUGUGUUUGUGGUUCAAGCGCUGCAGUUGUUGCUCUAGGAGUUGUUUUUAGGAAUAAAUGCGUUACUCGUUCUGACCUGCGGGCGGCACUGUGGCCCAUUUCUCUUAUUAAAGAGACAGUUCACCCAUUAAAACAAAAUCAUGUAAUCAUUUCCUCCACGCUUGAGUUUGUUUCUGUUGAAAACAAAUGAAGAUAUUCUGAAGAAUGCUGGAAAAUGAACCGUCAUUGAGUCUAAUAGUAUUUUUGGCAGUCAAUGGUUGAUUUAUUCCAAUGUAUUCCAACUUGAACAGCUUCAGAAGCACUUGAGUGUUCGUUUAAUGAGGACAUGUUCAUUUAUUUGGGUGAACUAUCCCUUUAUAGGCUCUCAGAAAUGUGUGUAUGAUUGUGCUGAACUGUUUUAUAUUGCAUAGAGGGGUCGUGCGUUCAGGUUGUACAGUCAAUGUCAUUUUACUUGUCGGUUUGGUGUAUCGUGACACUAAGAGCUUAGUUUUGCUUCUUUCCUCCAUUUAGUUCUGUUUGUUUUGUUUUGUUUGUUUGGUCCGUGUAAUACGUUUCAAUAAAACUACAAAUGUUUGUGA